AUGGCUCCGGCUGGCUUAGACCUUUCGCUGGAAGAGGUCAUCAAAACCUCCAAAGGGGAUGGAAGGGGCAAAGGAAGAAAGCAGGAGGCUGCAGCCAAGGAGUCCAAGGCAGAGAAGGAGGAAGAGAUCAAUCUGGACAUGAGCCUGGACGAACUCAUCGAGAAGGAGUAUGUGCCAGCGAAGGGCAAGGGCAAGGGCAAGAAGGACGAGUCCUGGGACAGUUGGCAGCCGGAGCGUGCGCCGAAAGGAAAGUCCUGGGAUGCAGCAGCAGAUUGGAGUUAUGAAAAGCCCAAAAACGCAGGCAGCUCGUGGAAAGAUUGGAAAGACACGGACAAAUGGAAGCCAGCAGGUGGUGGUGGAGCCAAGUGGAAGGAAGCCGAAACUUGGAAGGAGCCGGACACGUGGAAGAAGAACGAUUGGAAGAAGGCGGAUGGCUGGAAAACAGAUUGGAGCAGCCAAAGCCAGGGUAAGCAAGACUGGUCAAGUGGCGCGGGUUCAGGCAAGUGGGAUGACGACUGGAAAGCAAAGUCCAGCAAAAGUCAGGACUGGGGCUAUGGCGCCACCAAAGCUUCAUGGGGCAGUUCGAGCCAAAACUGGCAGUCCCAAAGCACUCGCGUCGUCGAAGGACGGGGCUGGUCGGAUCACCGCUCUGCAGAGUCCGUCUGGACCCGACCAGCAAAGACGGAGAGCGAGCGCGAGGAGCGGUGGAACUCAAUGGCUCCUCACAGCUACAGCGACGUGCGAGACAGACGGUUCGCCACAUGGCGGGAUGAUCGCAGGGAACAUGACUACCGAGAUAAUGGCUAUGACGCUAGAGAUCGCCGUGAGCCGGAUAGCCAAUGGCCCCGGGGCCGCUCGCGCUCUCCACCGCGUCGUUAUUACGAUGAAGUUCCCAGGGGGAGCAUGAUCCUGGUCGAGAACAUCCCUCCGGGCCUAGACUCGCGGGACAUCAAGGAUGCGUUCCAAUCUGCAACUGGCACAGUCAACAGCUGCAAGCUGGGAAAGACAGCAAGAGCACAGGUUGGCUAA